AUGGCUGAAAACCCUUUUUUUUAUGGUUAAGGAAUGAAUUGAAUUCCAUUAUCUCUUAAGUUCAUAGCUCAAAAAGAUUAAAACAUCUCUUGUUUUUAUCUCAUCUGCAAUAUCGCUAGGAAUCAGACAAGUCAUUCUAGCCAUAGGAUAGGAUAAUUGUAAUUAUAUCUAUAUAUAUAUUUAAGGAUUACUUAAAAAUUUUAAUUACGAGAUCAAUUGUAAAUUUAAAUAAAGUUAGAAAAUCUUAUAGGAUUAUUACAUCAUUAACAAGUAAAUAGAUUUUAGAUGCUUUUCAUCUGAAUUUUUAAGAGAUCCAAAGGAAAUUGUAGAAAGACAACCCAAAAUUUUGA